AUGAGAUCUGCACUCCUCGCCGCCGGUCUUGCUUUGGCCUCCGGGAUCUGCGCUCAGGAGGAGCCCUACUACCGCAAUCAGUCGGCACCUUUCAAUCUCGUCCUGUCAUCACGCAACAAGACUCUAGACGGAUCCAAGCUCUACGCCUGUCACGAAGGGGCGGCAAUCGAAGGCCUCUGCGUCGCCAAAACCGCGCCCGCUUCCUCCGGCGUCUUCACCUUGGUACCGUUGUCACCCGUCACCCACCUCGAGCGGAACUACACCGACAUCAACGGCCCACCCCAGGACAGCGAGACUGGCUACACCGGUCUGAUCACAUGGUUGCUCGUGGGUGGCAACUUCGUCACCUCCUCCUCCCUGCAGCUGCAGCCGAGCGCAACGUCGAACGUCGCCGUCCCUCUUUUCUUCCCCGGCCCCGAAGGCUACGCCAAUUUCGGCUUCGACAAGGACGACAGGCUCUUCGUUCCCAGCUACAUCGACGACACGGUCACUCCGCCCGUGUACCGGAAAGAGCGCCUCUACCGCUGGUACGCGUGCCUCACGAACGCCGGAUACGUCUACGAGACCUUGGCUUGGGUGGUGGGCACUUGCAAGCCGCAGAAUCCAACCUGCGAGAAGGUGACCGUGAAGCGGGUGUUCAUCUGA